UCCUGUCCUUAGGCCGGAUAUUUGUAUACAAUGACGUCGAAACUUGCGCUACUGUUCUGGCUGCCGAUCUGUUUAGCACAAUUCGAUCCAAAUGCAUUGAAUCAAAACUUUGGCAGCGGGGGAUUUGGUAACACGGGUACUGGUACAGCAAACUCAACUGGGCAUUUUGAUCCUAAUGGUGCUAACUCCGGAUUCGGUAUGAUGAACACUGGAUCGAACACUACUAGUAACUUUGGGUCAGGUUUCGGAACAGGAUCUGGCUUUGGAACUGGUGGUACAGGGGGAUUCGGCACAGGGGGCACGGGAACAGGCAGUACAGGCACAGGAAGUACUGGCACGGGAAGUACUGGCACAGGAAGUACUGGGACCAGUGGAAGUGGCACUUUCGAUCCAAACCAGUUCAUUAAUGGAGGCGGUACAUCUGGAAGUUUCAAUCCAAAUACUUUGAAUAACUUUGGUCAAACGAAUGGUACAAUGUCUUUUGGAAAGCGCAGAUGAAUAAAUAUUUUUUAACAUGUCUAAA